ACAAUUCAUUUUAAAAUUUUGUUAUUAGUUAAACACAAACAUUAGGAAUCGAAUUUCAAAAAGUGUUGCAUUUUCAAAUUUUGUUAUUAAUUAAACAAGGACAUUAGGAAUCGAAUUUCAAAAAGUGUUGCAUUUUCAAAUUUUGUUAUUAAUUAAACAAGGACAUUAGGAAUCAAAUUUCAAAAAGCAUUUCAUUGUAUCAUGAAUAAAGAACAGUGUAAAUUACUAGGAUUGGAAUUAUUGCUCUCGAGCUCUCUAUCGACAAACUAAAUUGAUCAACUUGAACGAAUUCCCGCUGGUUGUGUAUCCAAACCAAAAAUCUUCCUUGAAAACCAUGUCAGCUCAUUGCAUCCACAUUUUUAUCAUAUCAAUGAUCCUUUUUUCAACCUUUGUAAUUGCUUCGCAUCAAGUCUCCUCUGGGUAUCCUAUCAUAUGGAGAAAAUCAAAUCACCAUCUGGCCACCCAAGUGGUACAGGCCGAAGUCACAGUAAAACUCCAGAAUCCUUGCAACAUCGUUGACAAUCUAAGGACUAACGUUAAAAAUGAAACAACGCAUUUCCUACACUCCUACAACUUUGAAUCAUGCAUCAGAGAAUAUAUCAAGCAUAUUAUAAAACCGUUACGACACUUUUGUCCUACGAAUAUAACCGAUUCUGAACACACUAUACAAAAAGCAAAAUAGAUUACAAGAUGAUAGAGAACCAAAUUAACAAUAAAUUCCUUAAAAUCAUCUCGAAAAUGCAUCAAGACCAGCUUGACUUGAAACAUCAAAUGAAGGAAAUUACUAUCAUGAAUACCAUAAACGUUAAAAAUGAAACAACGCAUUUCCUACACUCUUAUAACUUUGAAUCAUGCAUCAGAGAAUAUAUCAAGCAUAUUAUAAAACCGUUACGACACUUUUGUCCUACGAAUAUAACCGAUUCUGAACACACUUUACAUAACAUUUCGACUGAUAUUUUUAAAACUAAUAGUUUUUCAUUUGAUGAAGCUCGUCGAUUAGAAAGAGAAAUGCUUAGUCAAUGUUCAUCAAGUUGGUUGGAGAAGAGGAAUUUAAUUGUAUAUUUUUUAAUAGAUCCUUCAAUGUUAAAAAACUUGCCACCAAAGAAGGAUUCUUCACUUGAAUCUGAAUUGAUUGAUCCUCAUUUUUUCUUUCAAUUCAUAUCAUCUAUAUUCUAUGUUGGUUGUGGACUUAUUGACCGUCCUGAUUCUCAUUUUCUUCAAGCUCUUAAUGAACGUAUGAAUCCGACUAAUUUAGAUCCAUCACCAAAAAUUCAACGAAUAUUUUCAUUAAUGGAUCGUUUCAUCGAGCCAACAAUAUAUCAUGCACAAGAAAAUCUCUCAAAGCAAGAAUCCUUUAUGUAUGAAGCAAUUAUUAUAGAGACUAUUAGUCUCAAAAAUCUAACAAAUAAAACAUGUGGAAAUAAUUUGAAAAAAUUAAACAUGAAUACUCGACAGAGAAAAGUAUUAGGCACAUAUUUAAUGUGUGAAAUAUUCAAGAAAUAUGGAUCUAAAUUCGGAUUAACAGUAUUUGCUGGAAAUUAA